CUGCCUCAUAGCUCAUUCCUUAGAGGUAUUAUCAACAGAUGAGCCCCUGACAUAAUGGCCACCAGCAGAGUCCUGAUCCUAGGGACCCUCUCACUGGCCGUGCUGCUGAUUCCCCCAGGAGCUUCUGAGACCAUUGAAGCUGACCAUGUGGGGACCUACGGCACAACUGUGUACCAGUCCUAUGGGCCCUCAGGCCAGUAUACACAAGAAUUUGAUGAGGAUGAGAAGUUUUAUGUGGACCUGCAGACGAAGGAGACUGUAUGGCGGCUGUCAGAGUUUAGCCAUUUUACUAGCUUUGACGCUCAGAGAGGGCUGAGAAACAUAGCGACAAUGAAGUACAACCUGGACAUCCUGAUCAAACGCUCCAAUGAAACCUGGGCCGUCAGUGUGCCUCCUGAGGUGACUGUGUUCUCGGAGAGUCCUGUGGAGCUGGGCCAGCCCAAUGUACUCAUCUGCUUGGUGGACAACAUCUUCCCCCCGGUGGUCAACAUCACAUGGCUUCGUAAUGGGCAAUUGGUCACCCAGGGUGUGUCUGAGACAGACUUCUAUCCUCGGCCUGACCACAGAUUCCGCAAGUUCCACUACCUCACUUUUCUCCCCAACACAGAAGAUUUUUAUGACUGCAAAGUGGAGCACUGGGGCCUGGAGCAGCCAGUCCUCAAGCACUGGGAGCCCCAGGUUCCGUCCCCACUGCCAGAGACAACAGAAACUGUGGUCUGUGCCCUUGGUCUGGCUGUGGGCCUGGUGGGCAUCAUUGUAGGCACCAUCCUCAUAGUCAAAGGCAUGCGUUCCAGCAGUAGGAUCCAACACCAAGGUCCUCUGUGAAUCAACUGAUGGAAAGGGAGUGAGGAACUAGA